CGCAGUCUGGCAGGCUCUUGAGGGUUCCUGUGGCAUUUCACCCUGGGAUGCACCGUUUGGACCUGGCUGCAGCUGCGACUGCCGCCGUGGUUCUCUUCUUAGUGCUUUGACAUCUUUCUCUCUUACACAGACAUCACCCAAGAAGUUGGAAGCGCCGUUGAGGUAGUAACUCGAUACAGCUGUUUGACAGAAAGGAAAAUUUACUAGAGGAAGUUUACUGGAGUAAAAUGGAGGCCUCAGUAAUAUUACCCAUUCUGAAGAAGAAACUAGCCUUCCUUUCAGGAGGAAAGGACAGACGAAGUGGCCUCAUUCUGACAAUUCCAUUAUGCCUGGAGCAGACAAAUAUGGAUGAGCUGAGUGUCACCUUAGACUACCUACUCAGCAUUCCAAGUGAAAAGUGUAAGGCUAGAGGAUUUACCGUGAUUGUGGAUGGCAGAAAAUCCCAGUGGAAUGUGGUGAAAACAGUAGUCUUAAUGCUACAGAAUGUUGUUCCAGCUGAAGUGUCCCUUGUUUGUGUAGUGAAGCCAGAUGAAUUCUGGGAUAAGAAAGUAACACAUUUCUGUUUUUGGAAAGAAAAGGAUAGACUUGGCUUUGAGGUUAUUUUAGUGUCUGCCAAUAAAUUGACUCGUUAUAUAGAACCAUGCCAGUUAACAGAAGAUUUUGGUGGGAGUCUCACCUAUGAUCAUAUGGACUGGUUAAAUAAGAGGCUGGUUUUUGAGAAGUUCACAAAGGAAUCUACAUCAUUAUUAGAUGAACUUGCUUUGAUUAACAAUGGAAGUGAUAAAGGAAAUCAGCAAGAGAAAGAAAGGUCUGUGGAUUUAAACUUUCUUCCAUCAGUUGAUCCUGAAACUGUUCUUCAGACAGGACAUGAAUUAUUAUCCGAAUUACAGCAGCGUCGAUUUAAUGGCUCAGAUGGAGGGGUCUCAUGGUCUCCUAUGGAUGAUGAACUGCUAGCACAGCCACAGGUUAUGAAAUUAUUAGAUUCACUGCGAGAGCAAUAUACCCGCUACCAGGAAGUUUGUAGGCAACGUAGUAAGCGUACACAGUUAGAAGAGAUUCAACAGAAGGUGAUGCAGGUUGUGAACUGGCUUGAAGGGCCUGGAUCAGAACAGCUGAGAGCCCAGUGGGGGAUUGGAGACUCCAUUCGGGCUUCCCAAGCCCUACAGCAGAAGCACGAAGAGAUCGAGAGCCAGCACAGUGAAUGGUUUGCAGUUUACGUGGAGCUUAAUCAGCAAAUUUCAGCACUCUUAAAUGCUGGGGAUGAGGAAGAUCUUGUGGAACUGAAGUCGCUGCAGCAACAACUUAGUGAUGUUUGUUAUCGACAGGCCAGUCAGCUGGAAUUUAGGCAGAAUCUCUUACAAGCAGCCCUUGAAUUUCAUGGUGUUGCCCAAGAUUUGUCUCAGCAGUUGGAUGGCUUAUUAGGGAUGUUGUGCGUAGAUGUAGCACCAGCUGAUGGAGCAUCGAUUCAGCAAACUUUAAAACUGCUUGAAGAGAAGCUGAAAAGUGUUGAUGUAGGAUUGCAAGGUUUGCGUGAAAAAGGUCAAGGUCUUCUGGAUCAGAUCUCCAAUCAGGCAUCUUGGGCCUAUGGAAAGGAUGUAACCAUUGAAAAUAAAGAAAAUGUGGACCACAUACAAGGAGUGAUGGAAGAUAUGCAGCUUAGGAAACAAAGAUGUGAAGACAUGGUAGAUGUGCGAAGAUUAAAGAUGCUUCAGAUGGUGCAGUUGUUUAAAUGUGAAGAAGAUGCUGCCCAGGCAGUAGAAUGGCUAAGUGAACUUCUGGAUGCUCUUCUUAAGACCCACAUCAGAUUGGGUGAUGAUGCUCAGGAAACGAAAGUUCUACUGGAGAAGCAUAGAAAAUUUGUUGAUGUUGCACAGAGCACUUAUGACUAUGGAAGACAGUUGUUACAGGCCACAGUUGUUCUGUGCCAGUCUUUGCGCUGCACCUCUCGAUCAUCUGGGGAUACACUUCCUCGACUGAACAGAGUAUGGAAACAAUUUACAAUAGCAUCUGAAGAGAGGGUACAUAGGCUGGAAAUGGCUAUUGCAUUUCACUCAAAUGCUGAAAAGAUUUUGCAAGACUGUCCAGAAGAGCCUGAAGCUAUUAAUGAUGAGGAGCAAUUUGAUGAAAUUGAAGCAGUUGGGAAAUCACUUUUAGAUAGACUAACUGUUCCUGUGGUUUAUCCUGAUGGAACUGAACAAUAUUUUGGGAGUCCAAGUGACAUGGCUUCUACUGCAGAACACAUCAGAGACAGGAUGAAACUAGUUAGUCUCAAAAGGCAGCAGCUGAGACAUCCUGAAAUGAUGACUACAGAGAGCUAAUAGCUGCCUUCUUCCCGCAGAUCUGCAGUUCAUAAUCCCGCAUGUCGUUGGCAUACUGCAGCAUCAGCUACAAUAUGUUAAGAUGCAUUUCACAGCCAGGAUAAGCCUCAUUUCUUUCUAUUACACACUUCUCUCCACAUGUUAACAUCUUGUAACUACCAAGGCAGAAUUAUUUAACAUGCUUUGAGACCAUAGACUCCAAGUAUCUUAAAAGAAGGAACUGUAAACAUUGCACUGAAAACUUGCUUUAAAGCUUUACCUGACCUGUCAGUUUGUAGAUGAAUAACUGAUAAUAAGCUUUGAAUGGUGCUAAUAAGAGUUUAGGAAUUCUCUCUAUAAAAAAAUGGUUGCCCUUCCUCCCCAAGUGAUGUAGUAAAUUUAGACUAUAGUUAAACUGUUAUUAGUAGACAGUGGUGUCCUCAAAAUUUUACAUUGUAAUUCUCCUUCAAAAUUGAUUAUUUUUAUUGUGUUAGUAUGAAGAAAACCUUCAGAUUUUUGAUAUAUCAUAUUCAUUAAAAAACAUUUUCCUAUUUGUAUUGAUAAUGUAUAAAAGUUGUUUGUGCUUAAUAAAAGGCUUCUUUUAAACAUCUUAUUUAAUUUGGUGGUUAUAUCUAUUUCCAAACAUGAGUGCCUUAUUUAAAAGGGCAUUCUUAGCAUUGUAAGGAUGGUUUAGUAUUUGUUUUUUCAUGUUGGUUGCAUGUAUUUUAGCCGGAAAUUUAUAUGUAAGCAUGUGUAUAUAAUAAAUAAGCAUGUUUUAUCAUGAAAAACUAUUGUGAAGAACAAUUUAGAUCUUUAAGAACUUAUGAAUAAUGGAAUACUAUUUCUCAUUUUUCUCUUCUUCAAUUUGAAAAAUGUUAUCCAAAUUAUUAACUACCCUGAAGAUAUUUUGUUUCUGGGGGAGGAGGGCUGGGGAAGAAGCCCUAUAUAGUUACUUAAGUGUAAUCCUUUAUAUCAGAGUAAUCUUUCAGGAAUUAAAUAGCAAUUGUUAAUAAAAUUUAAUUUCUCAAGAUAGACUAGAAGCAAGAUUCUGAAAUAGUAUAAUAACAAAAAUUGUACAACUCUUUUAGAAAUAAAAUUUAUAAAAUGUUAGUGCUUUUAAGUUUGUAUUAAGUUUAAAUGGUAAAAACAUAAUUUUUUGUUAAUUUUUAUUUCAGUAAAUGUUUUUGAGAAAGAUUAAAAACAAUUUGUAGUCUGUGAUCAAUACAAAAUUAUGCAAAGAGUUGUAUGCUGGUUCCUUUCAUUGUCUACAGAAAAGCUGUGUAUCUUCUAAUGCAAAAAGCUCCCUCUGAGCCUGCUGGUUUCUCCAGCCUUCUUCACUGCCAGACUUCUUGGAGAAAUCCAUAUCCAUUGACCCUGCACCCUCAUCACUCACUGCUCAGCACCUUGCAGUCUGGUUUUACACAGACCAGCAAUGCAGUGGUUCUCAGUGGGCUCCCAGUUACCGAAUUGAAUGACUUUUUUUCUCAGUCUGCAUCCCUUAUCCUUCUUUGCCUCUGCAGCAUUUAUACCAUUGAGGAACCUUUCCUAGACAGUGUCUCCUCCCUUGAAGAUAUUAUCCUCUGCUGUAACUGAGUCCAGUCACAUAACUCUUACUUAAAAUGCAUCUACUAAAAUGUGUUCUCUCUGAUUCUGUCUUCAGAAUGCUUCUAGAAGUAUCUCAUCCUUAGGGUUUCUAUUUUAUCCCAGUGUCCUGGGUUACAUAUCUGGUCCAAAGUUCUAAGCCUGUACUUUCAGCUACCUACUUGACAUUCCAACCAAGGUGAAGUUAUUUAUCAUAUUUUCCACCUUUCUCCUCUUGGAGUAAUUUUGGUAAAAGAUGCAGCCUUUUUUUAAUAGAAAUGCCAGAAAAUCUGGGGCCACAUUCAGCUGUUCCCUCUCAUGCUGCCACUGCUCUAGAACAUCCAGGAAGGUUUUUCUAUAUCCGAUAAUCCUCAGUCUUUUAGGGCUUAACUUUUGUGAGUGUGAACGUUUGUGAUUCUUCAUUUCAGUCUUCAUGAUGGUGCUAACCACGCGCUACAGUUGUUUAUGUCUGUACCUGCUAGGUUAUAAGCUCUUUUGAGGGAAGGAAUCUUUGGGGCCUGACUUCUCCUGUUCCCAGCCUUUUGCUCAUGCACAGUAGUUUCUCAGUUCCCCUGUAUGUGAAUGGUCUAUUAUAGGCAUUAGUAAUAAUCCCUCUUGUAUUGUAGUCUGAAGUAUGUUUUAAACAGAUUUUCUAAAGUUAGGACUGACUUAUGAGUGAAUCUGUUCAUCAGGAAGUCAUUUGGUAUUUGAAAUACUGGCUAAUUUAGAUAUUCAGUUGUACUCAAUAAUAUAUAUUUCUCCUACUGAAUUUCACAGAAUUCGAAUGUUUUUAUUCAGACUUUGCCAGAAAGGAAUUUGACUGCAAGUAAAGAUACUCUUUAGUUCUACCAUCAACUCGCCUACUGAUUGUCAAGUGAGUUAAUUUUAUAUGCCUUAAGCUAUCCUGUCUACAGCAAAGUGAAAUAAGGCACAUCUGGAAAUAUUUGUAAUUUGAGUAGUUCAAAUGAAGAUGAAUAUGUUUUUAUCACAUAAUAAAUAUUGUUGCUUUUCAUUUGUAACUUUGCUGCUACUUUCUAUUUAUGUAUCCAUAUACACAUAGACAGUUAUGAAUGAAAACCCAACAGUGCCCUAAUGUGAUUUUUUUCAUAGGGUCAUAGUUCACUUGGAAUACCUGUGAAGGAAGUGACUGCAGUCUGUUUGAAAUGACAAGUUCUUUGUACAUCAUAAAUUAACAUUAGCCCUGCAGAUAUAACGGAGAAAGAACCAUCAUUUCUAAUUGGUAUAUGCUACAACUUUCCACAUUACUUUAGCUCAUCUCAGGGAAUUAUUGAAAUGUUAAUUGGGCCAGCUUCAUUUUGUUUUGUUUUUUUCCUUUUGUCUUCAUGUCAUGUAUUUGUUCCCGUGUAAGCUCCAUAUCUAAGGACAGUUUUGGCCUCUGUUCUUCACACAUGUCUAACCCAGCAGAGUUAUGAUAUGCAAAGAUGAUAACUUCAUUUCAGAUGAAAUUGACUUUAUUCCCAGUCUUCAUUGUUGGGGACCUUGUUCUACUAUGGUAACUCAUUGGUCAUGUUGAUGAAACUGCUCAGCCUGCCAGCUAAGAUAUCGAUGGCAGGUCUAGGCUUCCUUGCUGUGUAGAAGGUUGGAUAUUUCUCUCACUUCACAGGCCUUUAAAUUGGCCAGUGCUCCAGUGUUACCUAGUAUUAACGUUUUUGUUGUUUGUUUCAUUACCUUGUCAGUUCAUGUGUGGGGUGUGCUAUUUAGUGUAUUAUUAUUAUAGUUAGUGCAUUCUCCUUAAUGUGAAUGUGACAGUUACUUUUCUGAUGGUGCUGAGUGAAUCAUACAUAAACCCACUGUAACAAAUGUCAUGAUUGAUUGUGAACCUGUCUCACUGUACCAUCUGCAUUUGGAGAAAGAAUUCAGAAUUCUCUACUACACUGUAAGUUCUCUGCCAGAGAGAUUGGAAAUUACUGUGUACUUUUCCCGUCCUCACAGGACCAUAAUAAAAUACUGUGGUUAAUAAAAACCAAGCAUCCUAUAAUUGCUAAAAUCCUCCCCAUCUUGAGCCUAUUGAAAAUGGUAGAGGAAAUUAACAUCAGUAAAUAUCAUCAAUGACAAGAGUUCUAUGAUUGGGGUGUCUUUGCUUAAACCUUGAAAGGAAAAAUUCUCUAGGAUUAAGAAGAUGGGCUGGAACAUAGCUGACCAGUUAACCUAAUUAGCAAACUUAACCAGUGUUAACUUUCAGCUCUAAAAAUAAAAAGCUCCAGAUGGGAGUGGAAAAUACGCUCUUGGUAUGUAGGGCAAUGAAUACCUUGAUGAGGCAAAAUGAAGCACAGAUAUAACACCUGACAUUAUUUGACUUUAGUGUGUGCUACAGAAAAUUUAGUUUUAGCUAAGAUACACGAAUAAUGGCAAGAAUAGUAGAGGAAAGAUCAUAAAGGCUAAAAAAUAAGAACUGUAGUGAAUAUAAUGCAAAGAGUUUGGAGUAUAAAUACCUGACUUCAAAGUCUGGCUUUGCCAUUUACUGACCUUGGUAAAAAAAAAUCACUAAAUUUCUCUGGAUCUGUAAAAUAGAAAAAUCAUAUCAAAUAAUUUUAAGAAUGAAGUACAAUCAUGUUAAAAUAUUGAAAGCCAAAAUGUUAUUCAAAAUGGAAGGUAUUAUCUUUUCAGAAUAGAAAAUGGAGCAUUCUUUAAUCUUGCUCCUGUCACAGAUGGCAAGCAUGGGGUCUUGGGGGAAAGGGAACCUUGUCUGCUCACCUCCCAAUGCUCCGUUUUCCUCCAUUCUAUACACUGAAAAUGCCAAGGGUGGGGUCAAUGAGCUUGGCAAUAAAUAGCAAGUCUUUUAAAUCUGACAAAUUAACUCUUUUAUGACAGGAUGAUAGGCCAGCCAGAUGGAGGACAAAUGAGGAGUAUCAUCUACUUUGAGGUUGACAGGACACGACACAGUUCCAUUAAUAAGUAAGAAAGUAAGUAAAAAUCAUACUCAGGAUCUUAGUGAGUCAGCACCAACCUAUAGAAACGAGCAUGAAUCUGACCACCAUUAGUGCUGUUAUGGUUUGAGAAGAGUAAUCCUGGUAAACUUGGGCAGUGAUAAUAACAGAAAAAGACUGGUCCUGUAAUAGAGGCUGAUAGAAGGGUGCUCCAUGAAAUAGCAUAAAUACGGGGGAAUGUUUAAGACUGAAAAGCCUAGAUAUGAUGCUGAAUAACAUGACCGUAAUAUUUUAAAGCAGACUUGAAAACAUGUCAAAACUAGUCCGUGUGCUUCAUGAAAAAGCAGAACCUGUACUAGAACAUGAAGAACUUAAAAGAGAUCACAGGAAAGCCACAACCAUGACUACAUAGUGUGAAAGCAGUAAGUAAAAUUUUAAAAGAAUCAAGAUUAUUUUUGUUAGAAAACUCUUAGGAGACAAUACACGUAAUACCCACGUAUCAUGUUACAGGAAUUCUUAGGAAGUAACUAAAAAUAGUUACCAGCUUUAGGUAUUAUGAGCAGCGUUGUUAUGGAUCCAAGGCAUGUAGAAAACUAUUUCUGUCAAAAGGCUAAAUUCGGAAGCCAUUCUUGGUGAAUCUCAAGGUGCCACUUUAGAAGUAUUUACAAGUCAAAUGCCACCUCUUUAGGGUGUCCCCAAAUUUGUUGCUCCCUGGAGAGACAGGAAGAUGGUUCAGAUGUCCUUCCAUUCA